GAGCAAAGGGCUUUUAUAAUGCAAGUGGCAGUGCUGGAAUUCAGAUGUGUGUUUAUGUGGUCGUGUACGGAACUAAAAGAUGAAGGUCUUUCUUUAUUUGUUUUUCAUCUCAUUUCUUACAGCUGGGGCGACCAGAAAUCCCUGUGAAGGGAAAGCUGACUUUGGGGAAUGUGCGGAUAAUACUUUAGGCUGUGAUGAUAAAAUUAGCAGAUGUACCUGCUUCAAUGAAGAACCGUUUUGUCGGUGUCACAAUAACAAAGAUGAGUUUUACAUCGGCGAUGACUGCUCUCAAAGAUGGACAGUGGUGACCUUUGCCCUGGUGGCGUCUCUGCCCGGUCUCACACUCGCCGUGUUGGUGGGUGUGAUUGUGUACAUGCUGAUGCUGCAGUCAAACAACAGCCACACAAGUGAACAGAUGAAGGCAGCUUCCAAAGAGCAGGAUUUGUUUCCUGGAAUUGCUUUUGCAUCUGAUAUGAAUGGUCGACCUUCUCCUAACAUGAGACCAGCACAACAAGACCAUGUUCCCUUGAAAGCCAUGCCCAUCCAUCCCUAUAGCAUGUCUCGUGAUCCUCCAAUGACAAGUCCUGCUCAGCCCUACAGCAUAUCCAAUGGGAUACGCGAUCAUUCAGUGGGAGCUCCUGCUCGGCCCUACAGUGCAUCCAACACUGGGCAUCCAUCUGCUGACAGUGUGACUGAUGGAAGACCUCGUCAGCUGAACAGUGGGAUGCGCGAUCCUCCAAUGGGAGGUCCUGUACAGCCAUAUAGUGAUGGUGCAGGCCGGGGUCAGAUUGUUAGCAACCCUUAUGUUAGAGAUUUAGCCAACCGAAACCCCUACGAAGACCUCGGCUCUCCUGCUGACCGCCAAAGUGAUUACAGAUCAACUGCCCCGUCGUACACAUAUGAUAAUCAGAUUCCAAAUCCGCCCUAUUCUCCUGCUCCGCUCUAUGGAUCCUCUGAACAAGGAAAUAUCCGCACUGGAUUUCCACGACCUCAAUUAAGCCUAAAAUACUAGAACUUGAAAAAUGUCUUAUGAUGAUCAAUUUUGUUAAAAUGUGUUGUGUAGCUCGUUUUUAAAGUGUUUAGCUGAUAAAAUAAUUCCCUGUAGUGCUGCCAGUUUGUCCCUAUUUGUUCUAUGAAGUAUGACUGCUAAUCUUUACGUUUACAUUUCCUGGACAAAAAUGAAAACUCUUACAUUACAUUGGAUGAAAGAAAACAUUUGAUUUUCAAUGCACUUGUUUUAAGAUUUUAAACUAAUCAAAAUAAAACACUAAAGAGAUGGCUGUGCCACAUGAUG